AUGGAUUUAAUUUUCUGCAUCGGAAAGCGUCCUGACGCCUACGAUGAUGACUGGCAUCACGACCCCGAAGAGGAAACUGGGAGACGCGAAACAGUCCAUAUAUUAGCUGAUAACAAAGAAGAAGCACAUUUGUUGUCACCUUUACUUUCCACAGCACAGCACUUAUGCACAUCGUCACAUGAAGGGUUAGACUUUAAUGAAGUUCUCGCUUACCUCCACAUUUUUACCGCCCUUCUGCGUCCAUUCAGGAUAAUAGCCUGUCCAAGUGAUAAGACAAUCAGUAAAACGGAACGUAUUAAGAAUGACGGAAGCGCGCAAGAGAAUCGAAACUUCCCUCCCUUAACCCUAGUUCAUUUGGUCAUCCUUGUUCUCCUCCUUAGUCUUCUACCAACAGCAAACGCAUUUGGGCUUGGACAGACUCGUCAACAGCGAAAUCAAGCGCUUCAUAGACCUGCAUCUGCUCCUUUGUUCGAUCCUGAAAGGACCGUGGAUGGUGUGCCGGUAGAGGACUCCACUGUAAGGAUUCGCACAAGAGAAGUGGGUAAUCAUCCUUCCACUCCAUUACAACAAGUGGAAAACCCUGCGGCCGAUCCUUGGCUAUACGGUGUUCCCCCAGUUGACCCCAGUGUCCAACGUCCGGCUUACACUCCAGUUUUCGUUCCAAACUACAACUAUUAUACAGUCUACGGCACACCAUGGGUAUAUCCAGAGACAAGGCUAGUUGGAACCUAUAGCCCGUCCCCUGCAGUGCCUCAGUGGCCUCCACAAGCCUAUUAUCCCCGAAAUUCAGUGCAACAUCGUCGAAAGACGGGCGACAGAAGGCGAAAGGAUAAGUACAAAGGGGAAAAAUGUCCAAAGAUCUGCGAAACCUGCCUCAGAAGUUAUGAUGGGACAGAUGUCGAAGUAGACAAAGAGAGGGCUCUUCUCCAACAACGCUUUGCCCUUCACGUCAAACCCUCUAUGAAACACAAGGAAUCCGUCGAGGCAUUGUUCAAAUAUAUGGAUGGAAACAGUAAGUUCAGAUCUAGUAAUUCAGCUCAUUAA